AUGCCGAUCGAUGGCGCGUCAAGCAUUCAGGUCACAGUCCGAGUGCGGCCAUUCACAAUCAGAGAAGCGGCCCAGCUCUCAAGAUCCGACGAAGGUCCGUUGUUCUUGGGGGAUGGCUCCCUCGCCGCAGUGCCCACACCCAAACUUGGGUCCAAGGGCAUCAGAAGUGUGAUCAAGGUAGUUGACGAGAAAUGCUUAAUAUUCGACCCGCCUGAAGAGAGCAGCGUUCAGCGCUUUACGAGAUCACAUAUGCCGCAAGGCAAACGCGUCAAAGACCAGACAUUUGGAUUCGACCGAGUAUUCGACGAGAACACCACCCAAGGCGACGUCUACGAAGCAACGACAAGGACACUCCUGGACUCGGUUCUUGAUGGCUACAAUGCCACUGUAUUCGCCUACGGUGCGACUGGCUGCGGCAAAACCCACACAAUUACAGGCACGGCACAACAACCAGGCAUCAUCUUUAUGACCAUGCAGGAGUUAUUCGAGAAGGUUGGUGAGUUACAGGAGACCAAAGAGAGCGAGAUCACGCUGUCAUAUCUGGAGAUCUACAACGAAACGAUUCGGGACCUGCUCAAUGUGGGCGCAGGAGGCAAACAAGGCUUGAUGCUGCGAGAAGAUUCCAACCAAGCUUGUUCAGUAGCGGGUCUUUCAUCACACAAGCCCCAGAGUGUCGAAGAGGUUAUGGAUAUGGUCAUCCGCGGCAAUUCUGCUCGCACUCAGUCACCCACAGAAGCAAACGCGACAUCUUCUCGAUCACACGCCGUUCUGCAGGUGAACGUGUCACUAAAGGACAGAGACGCAGCUGUUCACGAGCCUGUGACCAUGGCCACUUUAUCCAUAAUCGAUCUCGCUGGCUCUGAGCGAGCUUCAGUCACCAAAAAUCGAGGCGAGCGUUUGCUUGAAGGCGCCAAUAUCAACAAAUCGUUGCUGGCCCUAGGCUCUUGCAUCAACGCGCUCUGCGAUCCACGAAAGAAGAACCACGUGCCAUACCGCAAUUCGAAGCUCACUCGUCUUCUCAAGUUCAGCUUGGGCGGCAACUGUCGGACGGUGAUGAUUGUUUGUGUCUCGCCGAGCAGUCAGCAUUUCGACGAAACACAAAAUACCCUUCGCUACGCCAAUCGCGCCAAAAAUAUCCAGACCAAGAGCGUACGGAACGUGUACAAUGUCGAUCGCCACGUCAAGGACUACCUCAAGAAGAUCGAUGAGCAAAUGGCGCGCAUCAACGAGCUGACCGCACAACAAGCACAGUAUGAAGAGCUGGCUUUCGUCAAGUUCCGCAAGGCGGAGUCGAAACGAAUUGACAUCACACACGAUGGAGUUCUACGGAUCCGAGCAGCAUACGACAACUCCAGCGACGAGCGAAAAGAGCGCCUCAACAAUGCUCAGCGACUGAGACAGAUUGAGCGUCGCAUUGGUGCCAUCAGUGGAUGGAUCGGUGCCUUUGAUGAGGUCUGCGAGACACGGGAAGACGAGGAGCCGCCCGCCGCUCUGAGCGCAAUACGAAAGAUCGCGUCUGGAAUCCUUAUUGAGCUCGAAGGAAGUCGACAACACUACCACCAACGAAUUGCCAGGAACAACUGGACACGCGCAAUCGACACUGCAUUGUCAGAUAGCUUGCGUCUGUUACAAGGUCUGGAAGGCGCUAUUCCGGAGAGCCCCGAGGAGAAUAGCUUACGGCAAGAAGUUGAACUUCUCAAGAGUCGUGCUGACAUGGAAAUCCACAUGACCAUACUCGAGCAGGAGAAGAAUGCCGAGGCCGGCUUGAUGCGAGUCAUGCUGACCGCUCAUUUCGAGACCAUUGCCAUCCUGAAUCAAAUUCUACAGAUGACUGAGGAAGAUGCUAUCAGUGCGGCAAAGGAACUGCUCGGAAAAGUGCAACAAGCAUGCACUGAUGCUACGGGCCAAGUUGUGAAGCCUGAUGGUGGUUUACAAAUCACGGAACCUGUAGCACCUUCUCGACAUGGCACUCCCAGAAAGCGAAGGCAGAUCCCGCUCGCAGGCCCAAGCCCGCUCAAAUCAAAGAUCCAGACAGCGGCGACAGGCUCGGCGGUCUCAGCGCUCCCAUCACAUAUCGCGGCAGAAAUGCAACCCUCACCUGCACCCACUAUGAGUCCUUACCGUGGGGCUGCAGCAAGUCCUCGCAGACGUGUCAAGCACGGCGGCAUGGCCAGGAAAGGAGCAGCAUUCGCCGGGCCAGGAACUCCUAAACGCAAAUCUCCAUCCAAGAAGCGCGUAGUACGUUGGAGGGAUGAAGACACAGACGAUGGUGCCCUGGUCGAGUUCCAAGCGACACCGAAAAUCCCGGACAGCACGCCUCCAGCACCAUCGAGCGAAGAGAACAGCGCUACACUGGAGAUUCCGAAAGCGUCUUUGAAUCUCGAUGGUGAUAGCGAAUUAGCUUCUAGCCCAUUGCCGGCGAUACCAGUCGCAACAAAUGAACUCCGCAAGUCAGGGGCAAGUCGCUUUGCUACCGGGUUCCUGACGAAGAGAGCUAACGGCUCUCCUCCUCUUCGCCAAUCCGGAGUGCUUUCCAGCGACGACGAUUCCAGCCCGCUACGUGAGAUGGAAGCCAACCGCGCACCUCGCACCGCAAGCCGUCUCAGCGUCCAAAACCUGGCCUCCAAGCACACAGAAUCCGAUGCUGAAAAUUCCGCGCAUGACAACUCCCUCAUCGACAAGAUGGCCGCCAUCGAAAUCAGCUCAGCGAUGCGCCAGCGGCGAUCAUCAUCCCUCGGCAGCAACAGCUCCCUUCGCCACCGCGAGAGCGCCCAUCGCCGCCGUAGUCCCACCGCUUCUUCCACGGGAGGAGCAUCGCCACCGCCAGAUGCCCACGGCAUUUUCUCGGCCUCUCACGCUCGACGAAUGGUGCGGUCCGAACGCGAUGAUGCCAUGCGCAGCGUUCUCAGCCCCAGGACGCAACCGAUCGUCAAAGGCUCCGGCCCUACUGCUGUCCGUCGCAGCAUGAUCGAGACUGGGAGCGGCGCGCCGCGGGAGAGUAUGGGCGGUGUUCGACCGUCGCAUAUGCGCGUCAGCAGUGUCGUGCCUGGCAGCGCCAGCCGACUCAGCAAUGCGAGCAAGGCAGCCUGGCGUUGA